UACGGCGUGGAACAUGUCAGCAAGCCAGUGUCAAUAUCACGGCAUCGGCCUUUGGGCGCAAUUGUUUGCGAGGAGGCGGCGUAUCAAUUCGAGUCGAUUUGCGAUUUCGAUUGCCACUCCCAUUGGAGCAGUUGAGUUCCUCGCCACCGUUAUGACCCCCCAAUAUCCGUGACCCCCGACCCCUGACCCCUGACCCGGGGCCAACUGGGUGACAUCGGGAGUCGCAGGCUGGUUUAUGUGACAACAUUGAUGGCAGUUUUACGAGCCAUUUUCCCAACUCUACAUGCCGAAAACAAGGCUCCACAAAUUGCUUGGAGUUUUCCAUAGACAUGGUACUCUGGCUGAAACAGAUCUCGAAAUGGAAAGGGAGGUGUAGGUGUAGGUGUAGGUGUAGGUUUAGGUGUUGGCGUUGCAAGGCCAGGAAGCGGGGCGAGGAGGAAGUGCGUCAAACGGAGAAUGAAUUGUGGCUGGAGUUCUACGGCCCAUAUCUGCACAUCUGGCCAUUUCAAGAGCUCUGUUCCAGAUUGGAGACGAAUGUCCGUCAGGGCCUAACGGCAAAGGCGGCGGCCGAGAAGCUAGCCCGAAACGGCAAGAAUGUCCUGCCGCUUCCCCUUAAACAGGAUGUGCAGUUUUGGAAAUUUAUAAAGGACUGCUUCAGCAUCUUGGGCAUCUUCAUUCUGCUGUGUUCCUUCGCCUGCUUUGCCAUAUACUUCACAUUCGAAACUGACUCAAAAGUCAAAGGAAAAACCGAUCCAGAGUUUUUAGUAGCUGGAAUCAUCCUGCUCUUCUGUUUCUUUCUCUCAGGACUCGUGCUCUAUCUGCAAGACGACGACAACGAGGAUAUGGUCAUGGCAUUCGAUGAGUUAAUGCCCAUGUACUGCACUGUGUUAAGGGACGGGAAAAAGAUGGUCAUCCUCACCCAGGACGUGGUCAUUGGCGAUAUUGUCCCCAUCAGAUACGGCCAACGGAUUCCUGCCGAUCUCCGAUUCUUCAGCUCCUCGGGUCUGGAGGUUAACAACGUGGCUCUGACAGGAUACUCCAAGCCCGUGAACAUCAUUCCGUUAGCGAACGAGGGACGGCAGCGAUUCUCCAGAGUGGAAUACAUAGGGGACUUUUAAACUAUUACUCUGCCACACUUUACUAAACAUUCUUUUAACAUUUUA